GUUUCUGGGGAUGUAUUUUGGAGCUGUACCUUAUGAAAGCGUGACAUUUGACAGCCAGAAAGACUUUUAUUGCAUUAAAGGGAAUUUUUACGCUUUAGUGGCAUAUAAAUUAAGUUCAUAUUUAUUGAUUAGAGCCUUUAGACUUCCUGUAUCCUGUAUCACUUUCCUCAGCUGUGCUACCAGACUGCAGUCUUCUUGUCCCACAAUGGUUCCUCUCAGGCUCAGAUUCACUGUGAGGUGAACACUGAGCUGAAAAUGCCUCUUAGAGCCUCCUGGACAGUAAGCAGGAUGAUUCGGGGAAAUAUUUUAUUAUCUGCUGGACUUCAGAGCUGCAGAUGUAAAGUGAGCAGGAGUGUAAGAAGACAUUACAGCUUCCUUCCAGAUGAUGUCAAAUCAUUGCGCGCUGUGGUCAACCCCGAUAUAUCCAAGAUCAGAAAUAUCGGCAUCAUGGCGCACAUUGACGCAGGGAAGACGACAACGACAGAGAGGAUGCUUUAUUACUCUGGCUACACGCGAGCACUAGGAGAUGUGGACGAUGGGGAUACAGUCACAGAUUUCAUGGCUCAAGAGAGGGAACGCGGCAUCACCAUACAGUCGGCUGCGGUCACAUUCGAUUGGAAAAGUCAUCGAAUCAACCUCAUAGACACUCCAGGACACGUCGACUUCACGCUGGAGGUGGAGCGAGCACUUCGCGUUCUUGACGGCGCCGUGGCCGUGUUUGAUGCUUCUGCUGGUGUCGAGGCUCAGACUCUGACGGUGUGGAGGCAAGCAGAGAAGCACCACGUUCCCUGUGUCUGUUUCCUGAAUAAGAUGGAUAAACCUGCAGCAAACCUCACUUUUUCCAUUGAGAGCAUAAAGCGGAAGUUGAAAGCCAAUCCAGUCCUCCUGCAGGUUCCUGUCGGCUGUGGCAAAAACUUCUCGGGUGUGGUCGACUUGUUAACAAACCAGAAGCUAACAUGGAAGCAAAGAUCCAUGGCAGAGGACGGACGAAUGUUUGAAAGCAAACCUCUAGACCAAUCAGAGGAUCCGGAGCUGCUGCAGGAGGUCGCUGAGGCGAGGGCAGCUCUGAUAGAGCAGGUUGCCGAUCUGGACGACGAGUUUGCAGAACUGCUGCUGACCGAUUUUAGUGACAACUUCGACGCCGUUCCCUCCAUCAAGCUGCAGGAGGCCGUGCGGCGGGUGACUCUGGCCCGUAAAGGCGUCCCGGUUCUCUGCGGGAGCUCGCUGAGGAACAAAGGUGUUCAGCCUCUUUUAGACGCCAUCAACGCCUACCUGCCCGCACCCGAUGAACGCCACCAUGACCUGGUGCGGUGGUAUAAGGACGACUUGUGCGCGCUGGCCUUCAAGGUCCUCCACGACAAGCAGCGCGGCCCUCUGGUGUUCCUGAGGAUUUACUCCGGCACGCUGAAGCCUCAAUCAGCCGUCCACAACAUCAACAGGAACAGCAUUGAGCGUAUGAGCAGGCUGCUGGUGCCGUUUGCUGAUCAACAUGUGGAAAUCUCCUCGAUGACGGCGGGGAACAUCGCUCUGACUGUCGGACUGAAGCAGACGGUCACAGGCGACACCAUCGUUUCCUCCAAGGCGUCGGCAGCAGCUGCGGCCCGCCGAGCGCAGAGCGACGGCGGGGCGGAGAAGAAACGCGGGGAUAACACCACCAGUGUGAUCCUAUCAGGGGUGGAGGUCCCUGACCCGGUCUUCUUCUGCACCAUAGAGCCUCCAACCAUGUCCAAACAGGCCGAUCUCGAGAACGCGCUCAACUGCCUCCAGAGAGAAGACCCCAGCCUCAAGGUCAGGGUCGACCCUGAUUCUGGACAGACUAUUUUGUGCGGGAUGGGAGAGCUGCACAUCGAGAUCAUCCACGAUCGGAUCCGACGAGAGUACGGCAUCGAGACUCACCUCGGACCCCUUCAGGUGGCCUACAGGGAGACCAUUCUCAAUGAGGUCUCGACUACAGACAUUCUGGACCGUACUGUCGGGGAAAGACGGCACGUUGUGAACGUGGAGCUGACGGUCAGACCCGCGGACAUUUCCUCUUCUGGAUCCUCGUGUGAAAUAGAUUUCACUGAAGAACUGGAGGCUCAGCUGUCUUCAGAAACUAAAGAGGCCGUGGAGAACGGAGUUAACAGCUCGUACCUACAAGGUCCUCUGUUAGGUUGUCCUCUACUGGGCGUGUCCACGCUCAUCCAAAGUGUCAACAUGGAAGCAGGAACGUCUCCCACCAUGGUGUCGGCCUGUUUGUCUCGCUGCAUGCUCAAGGCCAUGAAGCUAGCAGGAGGUCAGGUCCUGGAGCCGAUGAUGUCCCUGGAGGUGACCGUGGAGGAGGAGCACCUUGGCACCGUGCUGGGGGACUUGGCUCAAAGACGAGGGACGGUCCGAGACAUCCAGAGCCGCCAUGACAGCAAGGUGCUGCUGGCGACUGUACCGCUCGCAGACAUGAUGGGCUAUUCCACCAUCCUGCGCACGCUAACAUCCGGCAACGCCACCUUCUCCCUGGCGCUGGACACGUAUGAAACCAUGAACCCUCAGGACCAGAACACCCUCAUUAAACGGAUGGCCGGUCUGCUGUGAUUUCCUCGUCCAACACUGAGCGACCGUUCAGCAAAAGGGAACAAUGGACUUCUGAGACAGAAGCACAUAACCAGGAAGUACUCUAAACAUCGAGCUCGAGAACUGAGAGGAAGCUCGAGUAAACUGAUGUUUAACGCACGAAGCAGAAAACGCAGAAGAAGAAUAUUUUAUAAUGUCGUAGCUACAUAAAAAGUACAUUUGCAGCUUAA